GCAUGGGGUUGGCAGUCGCUCGGCGCCUUGGUGUUGGUCGGCAUAUAUGUGUUGCCGACUACUCAAAUGAAAUUCUCUUAGAAGUCCAGGAAGCCUUAACCAACGAGGGUUACAUGGUCGAAACAUUCCAGGUGGGUGUGUCCGACUACGAUUCUGUCAGCCGCUUUGCUAAGGCAGCAGCAUCUCAUGGACCCCUCGAAGCGGUAGUUCAUACAGCUGGGCUGUCCCCGUCUGCUGGCUCUGCAAAAAAGAUCCUUGACAGCAAUCUUCUGGGCACGGCCAAUGCUCUCGAUGCUUUCUUGGAGGUAGCACAGCCCGGAACAAGCAUGGUCUGCAUCGCCAGUAUGGCCGGUCACAUGGGAUCGGGAUUACCUUCGGAGCUAGAGCAUCAUCUCGCGACAGCGCCUAGGAACCAAUUGUUAAAUCACGUGGCCCUGGACAUUGAUCAAGCCGAUCCGCAAGGUCCUGCACGGGCCUAUGGUCUGUCAAAACGUGGAAAUUUACUACGCGUUCAGGCUUCAUCCAAAGCAUGGGGUCGCAUUGGAGGGAGAGUGAAUUCGGUCAGCCCCGGAGUCAUAUCUACAGGCGCUGGGCGCCAGGAGAUCAAGGGCCCAGCUGGGAAGUUCAUCGCUCUGAGUCCGGCUGGACGUGUUGGAACGCCGCAGGAUAUUGUGAAUGCCGUCUCAUUCCUGGUCAGUGCAGAGUCCUCGUUUAUUACAGGCAAUGACAUCCUCGUGGAUGGUGGGGUCGUCUCAUCAUUGCGAUGGGACGCCCUGAAAGCCUGAGAGUGAGCCGGUAUUGUGAUGAUCAAUCUUGGGAGUGACCGUUGACGGCCGGAAGAAAGGCUUUGCGAGUGACCCGGAAUUUCAAGGUGACACUCGGUCGUGUCAGACAUCAAAACAAGUGUCAAGGGAAGGCUCGGGACUAUAUUGCGAUAUCGCUCUUAGUCAUUCCUACGCGUGCAGGCAUAGAGGGCCCAAACAUGAGCUCCUCUAAAAAGACGA